AAAACACCGCUUUCAUUACUUCAAAAGAGUUCACUCACUCAUCCUCACUCACUCCUCCCCCUCCUCCCAAGCUAUGGACUACGACCGUUACGACGCUACCCUCCAUUACAUUUUCAAACAAACUCAGGGUGACGCUUGGUUCAGACCUCAUGAAGACCAAGUACCUCCAGGCGUAUGUCUUCGUACUCAUGAUGGUCAAUUUCGUGUAUUUCCAUACGAGAAUGCCGCACUCGCUCCUUUCGAGGCUGCAGUAUCUGCUCUAAACCCACUAGUAGCAGUCAAAGUUAGGAGUGCCGCAGUACACGCUGCAUUGGCAGAACAAGCCAUCGAUGACUGCAUCUACGUAGAUGCAAAUACUCGCAUUCAAGUCCUAGAUUCAAUGGUCCUCCUUCCACAAGCAGAAAAGGAUCAGAACGCUGCUUUUAUCCGCGAUGAACGUGUACUCGUCGUUUGGAGCGACUCUCUCGAUACAAUAAUCCCAAUCGCGCGCGACUUUGAAGAUCGUCUCAUUCGUCUACUCUGGCGUAGUCGUCCACCUCUCCCUUCAGAACUAUCUCUCUACUCUCACUCAGAGAAACCAGAACCACAGCUCACUCCUUCUUCUACCGUCAACUCCGAAUCCCUCAAACGCACCUGGUACGGACGUGUCGUUCCCUCAGACCAUGAUCCCGAAAAACCACAAAAAUCAACUAAACGUCCCAUCAUGCUCUAUUCUCCAAUUUACAACGGUCUAUCCGCCGCACUCGCUUUUGUUUUUAUCGGAAACGGUCUGCGCACUCUCCUUAUAGAAUUUCGCCUAGACGGCAACUACACUCAUUUCGCUCUCUGCGCUCUCAUGCCACUUCUCUUUUGCGUCUCUUUGUUCUUUACCCUCCAAAUCAUACAGAGCGUCUCCUUUGCCAUUGGUCCCAUCGCUCACUAUCACCAAAACAGCCGCUACUACUCCGCAAUCCGACCCGCUCCGAACCCCGCCGUCGACAAUGCCCUCCCCCACAUCACAAUCCAAAUGCCAGUCUACAAAGAAAGUCUCGCAACUGUCCUCACCCCCUCCCUCAUAUCCCUCAAGACAGCAAUGCAGACAUACGCACGCCACGGCGGCACAUCCAGCCUCUUCAUCAACGAUGACGGUCUCCGCCUCCUCCCCCCAGACCAAGCAAAAGAACGCAUCGAGUACUACGCAACCCACGGUAUCGGCUGGAUCGCAAGACCCAAACACGGUCACCAAGGCUUCAUACGUGCAGGCCGCUUCAAAAAAGCCUCCAACAUGAACUACGCACUCGACAUCUCCCUCCGCCUCGAACGCAUCCUCGAAGAACUCCAAUCCCCGACCACCCCCCACCACAGCCUCAGCCUCAGCCACAGCCAACACACAAGCUUCGCACUAAACAACGCGAGCAGAGAUAGCAACAUCUUCACCCCUCCAAACCCACCUUUCCACCGCGCUAGCGUCAGCACCACUUUCAGCGCCCAAUCAGCUGCUACGGGCGGGACGGGCACGGAUGGGGGGAGUAUGCUUAGUGUCCCUGGGCAGAGUCCUGGGACAUAUGGAUUACAGUAUAUUGGGAAAGAUGGGGAUGAGCAGGGGUUUGUACCGCCUUUUGUCGUUGGGCCUAAUGGAGGCGGGAGUUUACCAGGUACGCCAAGACCUAGUGCGCCUGUACUUGGUACACCGCGAACUAGUACCCCCCCAAUGCCUCCAACAACGCCACCAACGCCCCCAAUGCCGCAUGAACAACCCACACUCGCUUCGACGCCUAUCGAAGACCUCGAAGAGCGGGCUCUACAACUGGCUAUGGAAGAAGUAUACCACACCUCUGGAACAAACCACCGUCCAUGGGCAGCAAACGCCCGCGCAUGCCGAAUCGGAUCUAUUAUUUUAUUGGUAGACGCUGACACGGUCGUCCCUGCUGAUUGUUUCCGCGAUGCCGCGAGGGAGUUUGGAGAGGAUGAGGGUGCUGAGGUUGGGGUUUUGCAGCAUGAGAGUGACGUCCUCCAAGUAGCAAACCACUACUUCGAAAACGCCAUCGCCUUCUUCACCCGCCGAAUCAACAAAUGCAUCAGCAUGAUGUGCGCAAACGGAGAAGUAGCUCCUUUUGUGGGGCAUAAUGCUUUUUUGAGGUGGAGUGCUUUGCAGGAUGCUGUUUUUGUUGAUGGGGAUGUUCACUUUGACGAUCCUGGUUCUGGUUCUGAUCAUCGUACUGGUGGGGGUACUAGUACGGGUGUGGGUCCUCGUGAGGGUGGAAAUAGGAAAGGCAAAGCACCAGCACAUGCACAAGCUAGAGGAACGCAGAUGAAGAUAUGGAGCGAGGAUAACGUCAGUGAGGAUUUUGAUAUGGCGCUUAGGCUUUUGCGUCAGGGGUAUAUCGUCAGAUGGGCGACCUACUCGCUGGGCGGGUUCAAAGAAGGUGUAUCGCUUACUGUGGACGAUGAGUUGAAUAGGUGGCAGAAGUAUGCUUAUGGGUGUAAUGAACUCCUCUUCAAUCCCCUCGUCAAAUGGUUCUACAAAGGCCCCGUCAGCAGCCAGAUCCACAAAUUCUUGUGGAGCCCUGCACCGCUGCACUACAAGAUUUCGAUGAUGGCUUACAUGUUCUCGUAUUACGGAAUAGCAGCCUCAGUUACAAUCUCCGUAAUCAACUACAUAAUGCUCGGUUUCCAAUUCCCCACAGACGAUUUCUACAUGCACAGUUUCGAAAUCUGGCUAGCCACAUUCGUAGUCUUUUUCGGAGCCGGAAGCGUCGGGUACGUGCUUUUGCAGUAUAGACUUGGGGAGAAGGGGAUCAUCGGGGGUGCGAUUGAGUGUUUUGGAUGGAUGCCAUUCUUCUUCUUCUUCUUUGGAGGACUAGGCAUACCACUCUCGCAAGCUAUCCUUGCACAUAUGUUUUCCUACAAUAUCACAUGGAGCGCGACGAAGAAAGAAGUCGAGAGGUCGAAUUUCUUCAAGGAGGUUCCGAGGAUUUUCAAGAGGUGCGUUUUUUUCUGUUUUUGGUUUAGACGUUUCGGGUGCUUGUCGUUACGUUGCGCAAGCGCCCACUCUUCAUAUUGGCGCCCUUGACGAUCAUGAUGUGGUAACGUUGGCGCCCAAUUUUCGUUCCGCCGAAACGUGCGCAUCAGUGACGUUUGUUCCAGGUGCUAUCUCCUUUUUGGGGGAUUUUCCAUGUUUGUUUCUCCGGAAAU